GGCGGGGCUUGCACCUUCCACUCUGAUUGUGCGGUUCAAAAAGCGGCCAACGUCUCCCCGCUGACUGACUACAGUAACUCCUCGCUUACUUCCACUCGCCGCCGGCAACAUGUCCUCGCCUUAGGUAGCCUCACUUUUAAUUUUUAUUAAGCUCCACUUUUACACUGGGUUCUCGAGAAAAAAAGAAGGGAAAAUUCAGGAAGGAGUCGAGCAGGUGGUGCAGUUAGGUCCGAAGUCAAGAAGAAGAAGAAAAUUCCUCACCUGAGUCUGGUAACAUGUCCAAAACCUCCAUGGAGACUUACGCCGCCCUGGACGAGUCCUCUCUCCGAGCCUUGUUGGAUGGAACCGUGGAUCUGGACGAGAGACGCCUCAUCCGUUCAGCCAUCCGGGAGUUGAGAAGGAGGGAGAUCGAGGACAUUGAGGCUGCGCUGGCCAGUAAAAGGUUUCGCCCCACACGACUCCAACAGCAGGAGGACAAGGAGAACCAGCACAGGUCAGAAUCCAGUGAGGCCUUGGAUGUCCUGUCACACAAACUAAAAGCAAUCAGAGAUGUCGAAGAACUCACCAAGAUGCUUCGUGCUGCCGCUGAGUACGAGGAAAGGAAGUUGAUUAGAGCAGCCAUCCGGCAAAUUCGAGAUGAACAAUAUCAAGGGAUAGUUGAAAGAGUCAAAGUUCCUGGUCGAAGCCUGGACUCAGAGAGUCGAGUGCCCCAAAGCACUAAAGGGACUGCGCAGAGAGAGCAGGAGAGUCAAUUUGAACAAGAUCACAUCAAAUCUCAAAUCCGGGAAUUGCGUGACCAGCAGACAAACCAAAGCAGAGAGCUACAGAGACUAGAAAUCUUUUCUUGCGGCCCAGCCUCACCCAGACUCUGCAUCCAGUGGCCCCCAGGCUCCAAAUCAGGCAUGGUUCUGGUUUUAGAUCACCUGGUGAAGGCAGACAGCUCUGGACAUCUACUGAUCCAGCCACAGAGAGAAGAAGUGGCUCCAGAGCCUGAUCGAGUCCUGUCCCAAAGGCAGAGAUCUGAUUCUGCAGCUUCAGACUGCAGCGUGGCUUCAAUGCUUUCCAGGUCCAAUAUGGAUUCUCUGACCACAGAAGAUAGCCCGGAUUCGACCUACAGACCGCGUUUGGACUCUGGAGCUUCUGACAGGAGCCAGGGCUCCUCUCAACGCAGCCGACAAGACUCCGGGGCAUCAGAGCAUAGCAUUCCCUCCCAGUCUCACAUCAGUCACGGACUAACUUCAGAUGGCUCAGAUUAUGGUAUCAGACUCCCUUUAGGUUGUGGAGCUUCUGAAAGCUUGAGAAAGAGAAAUGAUUCAGUUGCUUCUGACCAAAGUGUGAGUAUGUCUUCUGAGGAAAGGUGUCCAACUGACGGAGGGGAGGUGGACACAAUCACAAUCUCAGCUCACAGUACCGACUAUGAAACCGAGAGCAGAGUCCAGGGUCAAACCAACUUUAAGGCCCAGCCCGACCAGGAUCUUCCUGAUGGGUCUGUGUUAUCUCAUAGAAGUCCUGGAAGUGGCCCAGUCAAUGGUACUGCUGAGGGAAAACACAACUCUCUGGGACAAAAGAUAACAGCAGAUGAUGUGACCCUCACUCAUAACAAGACAGAGGAUGCUGCACCUCAAAAAAAAGAUGUUGAACUGGACCAGGCCAAGCGUACAAACUCUGUACGCGAUCGGAUGCGCAAGUUCAACGAGCCCAGUCAAAACGUAAAUGUCCCUGCUUUGAAGAAGGGUCCCCCAAGCAGCAUUGGCCAGACAAACUUCUCCAGAGCUGCGCAAUUGUUUACACCCACUGCCACAUCCCUCAACUCUUCUGGCGACAGGCCAGCGUGGGUGCGCAUGGACUCAGCAGCUCACACCUCUCUCUCAUCCAAGAGUCAGGCCACACCUCAUGUGAGAGGCGUGGUUAACAAACCUCUGUCUUCAGCCGGCCAAUCCCAGGAAUCCAUGGGUGGUACAAACAAUGUGACUGAAAAAAGUGGGCCUGUCUUGAGCGAUUCAAAGGACAACAGGACCCCAGGGAGAGCAGCUGGACAGGAGUGCACCCAAGAAGAGGCUGACCCAGACAUGAAGACUUUCCUCACUAUUGAGAUCAAAGAUGGGCGCAGCAGCUCCUCGCAUACGUCCACCCACAGGAGCACCGUUGUCCCCAUCACCAACAUGACACCACGCAUCAAUGCGAGUGCUCUGGGGCAAAGAACAGAGCUGACCCUUGGCCUUAGGGCGACCCCAUUCAAGAUCUCCGGCGGCUUGUCUUCUGGGUCCUCCAUCAAGAUGGAGACAGAGCCUGUCGCCGCCUCUGAGUCGGUGUAUUCUUCUGGCCCUUCAGUCCAGGUGGCAUGUCAAAUCCCCACCAUCCCAAACGGUUCCACCGUCCAGACCACGGCAGAGGAGUGUCCAGGAAAGCUGACCGCUGACGAGCUGACUGCCAUCGAGGAUGAAGAGCUCCUUGAUAAAAUGCUUGAUGAGUGCAAAGAUUUUGAGGAGAGGAAAAUGAUCCGUGCAGCCAUGAGAGACCUCCGCAAAAAAAAGAGAGAGGCCAUGCUUGGAUGUACUCAAGAGGAAAUAGACCAGAGAGAAAGAGAGCGGGAGACCCGUCUGCAGGAGCUUCGUCAGCAGAGAGACGAGCGUACACACAAAAAUCGUGCCGGUGUCGGAGCAGGAGAGGUGGUGAUGAGGAAAGUGGAGAAGUCAGCAGACGGUUCCACCCUCAGCCAUGUCACCAAAACAGACCGCUUUGCACAGUCCGAUGAUGGCAACAGAUCAACUCGCAGCACCGUGGUAGAAGCUAGUUAUCUGCAGAAAACAGACAGAGGAACAGUUCAGUCAAAAUCAUACAGCUUCUCGUCUUCCUCCUCCAAUACAAGCAAAAAAGUCGGCAGUGUGUUUGAUCGUGAGGAUGAAUCAACGUCUCGCAGCGGCGGCCUGGCCGCAGUGGAGCGAAGGCAGGCUGAGAGGCGCAAGGAGCUGAUGAGAGCUCAGACGUUGCCCAAGACCUCAGCCAUGCAGGCCCGCAAAGCCAUGAUAGAGAAGCUGGAGAAGGAGGGAGGCGGCCCGGUAAACCAGGUUGUCUCCAAAGUAAACAGAGUUCAGCGUUCCACCAGCUUCGGCGUACCCAACGCAAACUCCAUAAAGCAGAUGCUACUCGACUGGUGCCGCGCCAAAACUCGCUCAUAUGAGCACGUGGAUAUACAAAACUUUUCAUCCAGCUGGAGCGAUGGCAUGGCGUUCUGCGCCUUGGUGCACAAUUUCUUCCCAGAGGCCUUCGACUACAGCUCCCUGAGCCCCACUAACCGCAGGCAAAACUUUGAGGUGGCCUUCAACAAUGCAGAGACGUACGCCGACUGCAUGCCGCUGCUGGAAGUGGAGGACAUGAUGAUCAUGGGAAAGAAGCCCGACUCCAAAUGCGUCUUCACCUACGUGCAGUCUCUGGUCAACCACCUGCGCCGACACGAGAUGGCCAUGGGGCGGCCCUAUGACCUCUGACCUGCGGGCGGGGGUCACAUGACGGACAGACGAGGCAGGCGGGUGGUGUGUGUGUGAGAGAGAGUGUGUCCGCCUCGAUCACAAUCAUGUUUUCCAACCAGACAAGCUCCCGUUUUAAGCUGAACCUUUUUAGCACAUUCACCCUUUUUGUGUUUUCAAUUUAUUUUACACCACUUGUUAAAUUAUUUAUGUGUUAAUUUUUCCGUGGCGGUCAUCAGUCCCGCUACACGAUUAGUCAUUAUUGGGUUCCCAUUUAGGUACUUUUUACAUAUUUGACCCAACUCUGGUCAACUUAUUUACAUUUUAAGUUAUUUCACUGUCCGCAUUUUAUUUUGAACUCAUUCACACUGGGUUGUUUUAUACAGUACAUUCAUAUCUAAGGAUCCAUAUCAGUGUACACGCAGUGCUACUGAAAAUCCUCUUUUGUACCCUCAAAGUACGUGGACAUGACCAUCUUUGUCAUUGCACACUUUUAUUAUUGAGCGGACUUGACAAACAAAGUUUUUACUUCUGCUUGAAAGCAAUCCAACUCCUGACUGAACAGAAUACAUUUUGUGUCUUUUACAACAUGAAGCUUUUUUUUCUCUUAACUCUUAAUAUUUUCAUGUGUACAUUUUUUUUGAAAAGAUGAUUCACAUAUGGUUUGGAUAAAAAAAAAAAAAAGAAGAUAUAUUUGUAUCCACUGUAUUUGUGACAGUUUUGGAGAAUGAUUCCAAAACCUUCCACAAAACAGGAAGUGCUUGUACAUAAAAUUUCAAAACACGAGUUCAUGUUUCUGUGCACCGCAGUUCAAUGUGACGUCAUUAAAGCAGAGAAACACUUUU